AUGAGGAAAGUUGAUAGGGAGGCUAAAACUGCUGCAAACUCGACGAUAAGUGUAGUAAAAGAUACUCAAGACAAAUUAAAACAAUGCAACGGCUGCCAAAAUCGUGAAGACAAAAAAAAGCAGUUGCUAAAGAAAGCAGAUGCAUGCAGUCUAAGAGAUGAAAAGUCCCAUACAGAAACGUCUUCUUUUAAAGUGGAUGGCAUAGUGGAUGUGCAUGACAAUAGAACAUGUGAUCAGAAAUAUAUAUCCCUUUCUGCGUUUGAAUUCGAUGAGAAUGUCUUCAUGUAUGACAAUGAUGGAAUGUCAAGCCUAAUCACAUCUAAGAUUCUGCGUUUAGACAUUAAAACAUCAAGGACACGUACUUCAGCUGGAUAUAUUACUUUAGAACAAAAGGUUACAAAGCCAAUGUCAUUACACGUGGUUCCACAUGUUGACGAAGAAGAUGCUUCUGAAUUCAUGUACCACAGAUUUCUAUAUCAAAGAAGCACUGAAAACGUUUGCAUAAUUGUCAAGCCAAUCGCAGCAAAUCAAAACUUUACGGACUAUAUAUUAUAUAUCAAGUUCAAAAGUCCGCCGUCUAUCAUUGAUUUUGAUAUAAAGACAAGUGUAGUGGAAGAGAAACAGUGGCAUACAUGUAUUGAACCUCAUCGUAUGAAAGGACACACAGGAGCUACCUUCCUUGCCAUAAGUUUAACAGGAACAAAAAAAGAAUUUAACUACAGUUUAACAAUAACAACAAUGGGUUGUCUCACUUGGGAGGAAGAAGUGACAAAAUGGAAUACGGAGAAAUGCCAGCUCAUGAACUGGCACAUUGAAGAAGGAAGAAUCGAAUGCCUCUGUCGACAUGUCACUGAUAUGAUUUUUGGAAAUUCCUUCUUUGUGGCACCCAACGCUAUAGACUUUUCAACCGUUUUCUUGAAGUUCUCUCCCUUGAGCCAAGCUGCUGUAAUUGGGACACUUGCUGGCAUUUUUGUCAUAUACUUAAUUUCAGUGGUUCUUCUCGCUAGACAAGACAAAAAAGAUAAAAUCAAGUGGGGCAUUACACCUCUUCGAGACAACAUUGUUAACGACGCAAGGUAUUAUGUUAUCAAAGUUAUAACGGGCAUGCGCAGAGGAGCAGGAACAAGUUCACGUGUUGCUUUUAUAUUGAGCGGUGAAUAUGAGCAUUCUGGACGAAGAGAAUUGUUUGAUGGUAUAAGAGAGGAGUUUAGUACAGGAAGUAUCAUGUCCUUCAUAAUGUCAACAAGUGAUGAUCUUGGCGACUUGCAGAGCUUACAAAUAUGGCAUGAUAAUAGUGGAGACGGAAGUCUUGCCUCAUGGUACCUUGACAGGGUGGAUGUUUAUGAUGUUAAAAGGCAGAAAACGUACUCUUUUGUUGCCGAUACUUGGUUGUCCCUAGAUACAGGUUUGGAAGCUCAUUUACCAUCAAGUCCAACAGACCGGCCAAUACAGUUUGAAUCCAGGUUCUUUAGUCACCUAAGACACAGACUGUCGGAAAGUCAUAUGUUGAUAUCUAUCUUUUACCGACCAGGGAUGAGCACGUUUACACGUGUUCAACGUGCCUCAUGUGCUCUUGUGUUUAUCAUGCUUAACAUGAUUGCCAGUGCUUUAUAUUUUAAUCCCAGAACGAAUUAUGUGUCUCAAGCGAUGUUUGAAGUCGGACCAUUUAGGUUAACACCACAACAGGUAUAUAUUUCCUUCGUUUGCGCUUUGAUAACAACACUACCGACAUUUUGUCUCAUAAUCUUAUUUAAACGGAUAAAGGGUAAGCCUGAAACGACCUGUUGCGAUUGUUACACGUGUUGCCUUAGCUGUACGUGUACCCAUGCCGCUAGAAAUUCAAACAAGCAGGACAAACAGAGACAAAACAACGAGUUACUGAAGUCAAUGUCUAUUUUGCCAGAAACACAAGAUUAUAAGAACAGAAUUUAUUUACCUCAUUGGUUUGUCUAUUUCGCUUGGUUGAUUGUUCUUGGAGGAACUGUGGCACCUGCUUUCUUUGUUAUGUUGUUUAGUAUGGAGUGGGGUAAACAGAAAUCUGAAGAAUGGCUGACAACUUUGUCUAUGUCUUUAUUGGAAUCCGUGUUGCUGGUAGACCCUAUACUGGUACUUUUUGUCUCCCUCUUUCUAGCAGUUAUACUACGGUCGAGGUCAGGGGGCAACGAUUCAAUUGUACCCAAUAUUGUAGGCAAGUACAGGCAAAAACUCGGCAAAGAUGAUAAUACGUUAGCAUCUAGCGUAACUAUGUUAAAGUCGGUUGUGACUGAGUUUAGGUCGUAUAUGUCUGCUCCAAGGAAACUUUCAUUGACCCUCCAGGGAGACAAAUUGAAGAAAAUCACAGAAAAACAUCGUCAAUAUAGAAAUUUUGUUGACAGCUUGAAGGACAUACAGCUAAACCUUAUUUUCAUUCUUCUUGUGUCAGUUAUUUGUUAUGCCAACAGAGACGACAGGUCGUAUUUACACCACUCUCAAAUUACCAAUACUCUUGUAGAACCUCGAGGUACCCCAAAGUACAAUAUGAUAAAAACACCUAAUGAUAUGAUCAGCUGGUUAAAUUAUACUGUGAUUCCGUAUUUGUUCCUCGAACGUGAUGAACAUGGCGCAGUGUUGAACUGGACAGAGAGACAAUUCACGAAGGAUUACAUUCAUUAUAGACUGGGACCACCAAGACUGCGACAACUGCGAACGAAAAACGGUACGUGCAACAUUCCGUAUAUUGGUUACAUGACUUGUUAUGGCGAAUAUAUCAUAUGGAAUGAGGAGGACGAGGAUUAUUGCAUUGGAUGGAAAAGGAAACCAUGUAAUAUAACAGAGCUUGCUUACAACGUAUCAUCGGAUGCGUGGAAGUUCACGUCAGCUUUAGACAACUGGGGUUUACCCUGGCCGGGCUACUACACUAUGUAUGGUGGCGGAGGUUACAUAGCUUCACUUCAUGUGAAUUUAAAUUAUUCAAUCGAUAUUAUAAACGAACUAUACCGUAACUUAUGGAUGGAUCGACAGACGAGAGCUGUUAUUGUCGACUUUACAAUAUAUGAUGCGGCAACAAAUAUUUUCGUCUACAAUAUAUAUGUUAUUGAGUUUCCUCAAACUGGUGGAGCAUUUACGUCCUUUUCAACAUAUCCAGUACGAGUUUACCCUCAUCACGGUACCUCAGGAACAUGGACCAAGGUGUGCGAAGUGUUGUUUGUGAUUUAUCUGGUUGGUUUGUUAGGAAAAAUAUGUCUCCGAAUAUACCGUCAACGUUGGGACUACUUCGUACAAUUUUGGAGAGUAUAUGACCUUGUGAUCCUUCUUGUUGCUGUUGCAGCCAUAGUUCUGUUUGCCAUUCGUAUUGGAUUUUCACUUGAAACUAUCAAGAAAUUCAAGCAAGAUAAGAAGUUGUUUGUAAACUUUAUUCACAUCGUGUUUUGGGACCAGCUCCUUGUAUUUUUCCUUGGUUUGUUAGCGUUUUUGGCAACCACAAGAAUGCUGGAGGUAUUUUCAACAAUGAAGAAGGUCAGAGCAAUUGUGGAAAUCUUUAGUCAAUGUGGAAAAGAUCUGUUUUGGUAUGGUUUGACAUUUGUUCAAAUUUUCAUUGGCUUUUGUGGCUUGUCUCUUCUAUUAUUUGGAUCGCAGCUUGCAUCAUACAGAAAUAUGUACCAGUGCAUGGGGACUCUUUUUAUUGCAAUGAUUGGAAAGAGUAAAUUUACAGAAAUUAACGAAAUACAGCCAAACUUAGCGAAGAUUUUCUUCAUGCUAUAUGUUUUAGUGGUUGUUUACUUCAUCCUGACAAUAUUUCUAUCGAUUCUUGGAGCGAGUAUCGACCAGGUGGUUCAAGGCAAUCGCGAAGAGUCAGGAUACGACCUUCUUACAUUCAUAAUGCAGAAUAUCAAGGCUCUCUUAUUCAAACUUAGACGUAAAAGAAAAGUAAAGGAUUCUCAGAACUCACCAUUGGGGACUGGCAUUAUUUUGCAAAGGCGUAAAUGUAUUCAGCUGAGACCAUAUCGUGGAAACCUAUAUCAAAUACAACCUGAACUUACAUUAAAAAAGAUUGAUGCUAGAAUAAAUCGCAAACGCAUUCCCAAGAAACGUACACGCAAAGACAAAAACAUAUUAACAGCAUAACAAAAAUGUUGGAAUAUCUAGCCACUGAUAAUUACCAUUUUAUAGUUUCGUGAUGACCUUGAUAUUCAGUGCAAUUUUGUCUAUAAUAUGAAUUGUGACAAUGUCAUCUUUACUGUAGUUAACGCUUGUAACACGGCUAUCUGGCUAUCUGCUUCUGUUUACGGCAUUGAAAUUGCACUCUACUGUGUGUGAGUGAGAUUUUGUCGUGUUAUAUUUGAACAAGCGGUAAUUUAUCUUUCAUCUGCACCAGUCACAUUGUGUCAAUACUUCAUACCGCAUAUUUUUUUGCUUUUGUCAACGUUACAACAAAACUUGCGUGAACAUCCGGUCUAGAGGACGCAGCAGUGUGCACAUGUUAGGCGAAAUAUAAACCAAUGAAAAUAGAAUGCAAAACAUCCACAGUUAUACAAUAAAUAUCAAAUGAUAAAUGAAAUUCAUAUUAGAAAUGGUUUUGAAUUUGAAGUCAUACAUGGUACACAUUUAUAUUGUCUAUCUGAACUAUGUAAAGCGCCUUUGAACGUGAAAUUGAUCAUGAAAAGGGCGCUAUAUAAAUCUGGUAUAAUAAUAACAAUAAUAUUUAAAUUCACAUUGCACAUUUAUGCUACAUAUGCACAUUUUAGCCUACACGUGUAGUUAAACGACGACUGACAUACAUUUGUAUAUUUUUACAUUAGCCAGUCAUAAUAAUUUUGUAACCUAGACCGGAACCCAAGUUUUUUCUGUAACGUUAAUGAACUAUGAACUACACGUUGUUUCUCUGAGAUGAGAACUAUUGAAGGAAUGUUAUCGGUACACAAUGGUAGACAAAAUACCAUUUGUUCAAUAUGCAUAGUACAAAUUUAGCAAACUGCCCGUUUUAGGUGAGAAAUGUGCAAAUGGGUAUAUCUUCCCAUUCAUGACUAUGGUUCUUAUAGUAUACCAAAGGGUGAGGUAAAAUAUAUACAGUGGAAUAUUAUUUCUGAUUUGGUGCCAGUGACCAACUGCCAUCCGUCAUUCACAAUUUGUUUGUUUACACUAGCAUCCAAAUUUAUAGAGCAGUUUUGUCGAAACGUAGAUACAAUGAAUAUGGCCCAAAAGUGCCUCGGUCAAAUCAAAUAGAUAAAGUGCAAUAGUUAUUAUGUGAGCGAUAUAGAAUUGUUAUGGCCCUUUUGCUUCUAUUGUACGUUUUUAAGUUAGCAUUUGCAUAUGUAUAUAUACAAACCAUGACAUUUCACUGCGUAUAUCAGUUUGGCAUUAGUGUUUAUAGGCUCACAGCCUACAUUUUAUAUUGAGACUUUGACGUUUCCCACAUUUGUUUUAUUUAAAAUGAUCAAUUGUAUGUAUUGUCUACAUCGUGACCCAAUCAUUGUUUCCCUCUUGUUUAUUCGAUAUUGUCUAGUAUUGUUUUCAGUUAUAUAUUGGGAGCCCUACGAAGUCGACCGGUGACUACAGAUCACUUACUCUUCACCUGGGGUUCGAAACAUUACUUGGUUUGUAGUAUUCUUUCAUAUAAGAAAGUCAUCCAACUGGCUUACCGAAGGUCUUUGGUUCUACAGAUGCGCCCGACCUUGAUGAAAUCAGUUCCGGAGGGGCAUCUUCGGUCUUUCUUUAUCAUGAAGAGUUGGGACGUCGCCCUAUGAUCUAAACAAUGUCAGCGUCACGCGUUGAAUCCAACAAAAUUUCCAUUGUGUAUUGUGAUCAUGUUUUUCCAUCUGCCUUGUAGGUUUUUAUUUCCGAUUUAUGUGUUUUGUCAACAAUGUAACUUUGAUAUUGUUAUUGUUUUUGAACAUUGCUGUGUAUUUGUAAUAUUGACAUCUGUUUUUGCUGUAUGUUGUAUUCAUGAUUUUAAAGUGAACAGUUUGUUUAAUUAACAUUGGUAUCAGUUUUCAUUCUGACUUUGACAAAAAUCCAUUUUGUGCAUUUUUUGUUUAUUAUAUGUAUUUCUUGUAUUGCUAUUGGUCCUUGUCAUUACGAUUUUAAUUUGAUCCACACCUUAGUUAUAAAUCAAACUCUAUGUUUUCAGAAAAUGAAUACAUGUUUUAUUUUACGCUUGUGCGUUUACGUUAAAAGCGCCACCUGGUGGCACCUGAUUAUUCACAUUAAUUGCUAGUUUUUUUGGUCAUAUUUUCUCUAUUUAGACGGAUUUCCAACGUUAUUAGUUGCCCUGCUGUUUCCCCGGCUAUUUUGAUCUUUAUGUGUGGCAAAACGACCUCCAACAAUAAGAAAACCUACAAAAAGUCAUUAUAUUAUGAAUUGUUUUGCAACAAUUUGCUCACACAUUAUAUACAGAAUGCCUUGAUUAAUUUAAAAGAUGAAUAUUUUGUCAAUCAUAUUUUACCCGAGAAGCCAGCUUUAUUCUUAUUUUCGUCAGAAAAGAACAAACAUUUUAUGUCUAGAUGUACUUUCAAAACAAAAAUAAAAUUAGUUCCUUAUAUUUGAAAUGUCAUAUUUUCUUUCAUUUUAUCUGUCAAAGGAGCUUAAAAAAGCUGUUGUAUAUAUUUUUCUCAAACUUGAAUGGCAUCUGUUAUAAAUUCUUAGGGGACGUUGCAAUUUGUCACUGAAGUUGCUGUUUUAAGUAACUGUUAUGCAACUGACGUGAUCAAGACCCUUGUUUGUCACCUAAUUAGACCAGAUCAUAAAUGUUACUGAAGAAUAUUAGAUGAUCAAAGUUAAUAGCCGUAUGAUACUGUAUCUUGUGCAUUAUUUCAUAUACAUAUUACAUAUAUGUGUGAAGAUUCUCCUUUUUAAUAAACAGUGUGGUUACCUUUAACUAUUUAAGAAUUCAUUUUGUUCUGUUAUAACGUUUAGAAGUGUUUUCAGAAUAUCAAAGUAAUGUAGGAAAGUUAAAGUAUUCUUUUACACUGUAUUAACGGAACGUAUUUAACACGGUAACGUCAUAGUUUAUACAAUUUAACACGUUGCGCGCUUUUCGGCAUUUAACUACGAUUUAUUAGCAAAAAAUUCAACAAGAACGCAUGAUUUAUUUUUGUUAAUUCUAUAGGACAAAAUGCAUAAAUUUACAUGUUCAUAUUUUAUAACGAUUUCGGCGUGAGUCAAACUUGUGUUCAGAAAAAAACGGCGGUCUUUUAAUGCACGUAAUACAUUUAGAUUUAGUCGCAUCAUUUGGAACAGACAACUCAAAGCACAAUCGAAACAAAAUAAAAUCGCCAACAUAUUAGUGAAAUUAUGACAGGAAAUAAGCGAUUGACGUGGGUGUAAGAGAUCAGGUAAGAAAGUCAAAUAUAAGUAGGCGCUGAAAUCUUUUCCCAGUUGUGUGAACAUGUUUUAAAUGUCAAACUGAUGGUAAAAUAUUAAGACAGUAGGUCAGUAGGUCAUAUUCAUGGUCACUGAAAGUCAGUUUUAAAAUUUGUGCAGAACUGUAUGUCAUCCAAAUUUCAUAGCCGUGUGUAAAAAAAAACAACAAGAAAGUAGGUCAGUAGGUCAAGUUCAGUCAAAUGACCCCUAAUUACUUUGGGUCAUCUGGUAGUUAUAACGAAAGUUUCUGAAAUAUGAUAAAAUGAUUUUUGAAGUCUUUUUUUCUAUAGUACUCAUAUAAAAGUGACCCCGGGGCCGGGCUUUAAAUGGACCCUGAGUCAUGAUUUGAGCACUAUUAGUAAAGGACCACUAGACAAUGUCACAUGUAAAAUAUCUAAUCUCCGUGCCUCUCGGUGUAACAGAAGAACAUUUUUUAUGUUUCCCUUUAGAACUCAAUAAUGUAAAUUCGAGGGACCACGGGACGGGACCAAUAUUGACCACAGGAUCAUAAUUUGAACAAUCUUAGUUAAAGUUCACUAGACAAUGCCACAUACCAAAUAUCUAAGUUCUAGGUUUUCAGUUUUCAGAGACGAAGAUUUUUGAAAUUUACAAUAUAGUCAUAAAGGGAAAAUAAGCCCUCUUCCAUCCGCCCCCCACCCCCUCCCCACCCCCGCGGCGGCAAUUUUUUUUAAUGAAAUAAAAUGGCUUAAGCAAUUUUGGUAGAAAGUCACCUAGAGAUCAUUUCUACAAAAUAUUUUUGAAAUCCGGCUAACAGUUUCUGAGAAGAUUUUUAAAGAUUUUCCUUUCUGUUGCCAUGGCAAUCACAGUUCUGAAUGGAAUAUAAUUCUUUGUGUGACUGUGAAAGUGUGCCACCCAAUAAUCAUUUCUGUGAAGUUUGGUGUAAAUCUGCCCAGUAGUUUUGAAGAAGAAGAUUUUUGAAAUUUACUAUAUAGCUAUAUAGGGAAAAUAAGUCCCGCCCCAUGGCGGCCAUGUUUUUUACCGAAAUAAAACUGUUUAUGCAAUUUUGGUAGACGGUGAUCUAGUGAUCAUUUCUACAAAAUAUAUUUGAAACCCUGCAAACAGUUUCUGAGAAGAAAUUUUUUUUAUAGAUUUUUGUUCCGAUUGCCAUAGCAACCACAGCUCUUCAUGAAGUUUAAUUCUUUGGGUAAUUUUGAAAAAAGGCAACCCAAGGAUCAUUCCUGUGAAGUUUUGUGUAAAUCGGGCAGAUUAUGGAAAUAUAGAGAUCUAUAACUGAGCCAAAUUUCAUACUUUUCCGUCAGAUUUCUACAUUCAAUCCUAAGGUGUUGGUCGACUUUAAAACGAAGAGUCGAACUAUUUGUUGUGCCUGUUUCAUGCCGAACGUUCAGAAGUACACGUCAUGAAUCCAUAAUACAAUUUACAUGUUUUCAAACAUGUGUGUAACUAAGGGUCACAUAAACAAUGUUCUCAUAGAUUUUUUGAAAGUACCAACUGCAAAAAAGGUACUGAAAUAGUUUGCUGUUUUUUUUUCUUCUGAAAAUUACAGCUGUAUUUAUUAUGAAAAAGAAAUUUAAUGUGUUUCAACAUUUGUAUGUCUCUAAAUAUUUGUUACUUGAGAAAUAAAUUUCAUUGUUCACGGGC